AUGCCUCCCGCCACCCAGAAAGCACUCGUCCUUCCAGCCGAGAAGGCAUCCUUUGAACUUGUCACCGACUGGCCCGUGACCCUGCCAGGGCCGACAGAGGUUCUCGUCAAGCCCACUUCUGCUGCGUUGAACCCCGCGGAUGCGUUUAUCAAGGACAACGGCGGUGGACCGCUCGUACCUGCAUACCCGUUCAUCCUCGGGGUCGAUGGCGCCGGUGUUAUCGAGGAGGUGGGCUCUGAGCUCAACAAUGUCGCGAAGGGAGAAAGAGUGAUGGUUCGUGCCGGGCUCGACGUCAAGCGUUCAACGUUCAAGGAAUAUGCAGUAUUUCCUGCCGCCGAAGUGUUGAGGUUCCCUGCCAAUAUCUCUUUCGAUGAAGCGGCGACCAUCCCUCUCGCCUUUGCGACGGCCGUCACCGGCAUCUGGGCUCAUGGAGAAGGCAACCACUCUGCCGAACUCACCCCUCCCUGGUAUGAGGGAGGCACGACGAAGUAUGCGGGCAAAGCUGCGCUCAUCCUUGGGGGCUCUACGUCCGUCGGCCAGUUCGUCAUUCAAUGUGCGCGUAUGCAAAACUUCUCGCCCAUCAUCGCGACCUCAUCCAUCAAGCACGAGGAAUACCUCAAGUCCCUUGGCGCGACCCAUGUCAUCGACCGUUCUCUCUCUUUCGACGAGAUCAAGAACACGCUCUCGUCGCUUACGGCAGGCACCACGAUCGAGCUCGUCUAUGACCCUUGGGGCAGAGACCGCGACUCCCACCGAUUCGGUUACAGUGUCCUUGCGCCUGGUGGAGCGUUCGUCCACGUCAAUCCCUUUGCCGCAGAUUGGCUCGCUGACCUGGUCGCGGAGAGCGAGAAGAAGGGAGAGGACAAGCGGGUGGCGCUCUCAUGGUCCAGCUACAAUAGCCCCGGAAACAAGGAGCUGGGGAAGGAGAUUUUCGACAGGCUGCCCGGAUGGCUCGAAACGGGCGUCAUCGUGCCAAACAGGUUCGAGGUGCUUCCGAACGGUCUUGCGGGGGUCGAUGCGGGCCUGGAGAGGAUGUCGAAGGGCCUGGUCAGCGGGAUAAAGCUUACUGUGCAUCCUGCCGAGACCCUGUGA